AUGAGACAAGAAACAAAUGGUCGUGAUGUUAUUGAAACACUCGAUCGUACAUGUCGCUCUAUUGCUGAAUAUCAGAUCCUCGGAAUUGUUGGGCCUGAAUACUCGACUGAAGCGAGAACAAUAGCACGUUUAGGCAAUAAAGUAGGAUUGCCUGUAGUUGGCUACUCGACAACCGAGCCUGAACUCUCAGAUCGCAAUGCAUAUCGAACCUUCUACAGAUUACCACCGUCUGAAGUUACCACAGCAAGAGUACUAUUGAAGUUAUUCAAAAAAUAUAAAUGGAAUUCAACAAAUGUGAUCUAUCAGGGAGAUACUUAUGGGCAAGGCGGACUUCAGGCUCUUACUCAAGUAUUUACUAAUGAGGUAGAAAUUUCACGUUCAAUUAGAUUUGAUUUAUUUGUUAAUCAAUUCGAGAAUAUACAACGUCAACUAGAAGAUAGUCCAUCUCGUAUUGUGAUUGUUAUGGCUAAUGCAAAUGUAACAACACAAAUCAUACAAUCCGCAGCGGAAGCCGGUAAAGUUCUGGCUCCAUCCUUUCUCUGGAUUUUAACAGCAAGUAAUUCAUCAAUGAAUAUUCUUGCGAAUGAGCAUAUAAAUCAACUAAUAGGAAUGUUAAUAUUAAGACUAAUUCCAACAGAUAUAGUUAACAUAUCAGCAAGCACAUAUUUAUUAGAUGAAGCUCUUGAUAUUUGGAAAAAGUAUGAUCCGAAUUCAUUUCAUGACAACCAACCGCACAUGGAUAUUUAUGCACGCUAUGCAUUCGACGCUUCAUGGAUGUUGAUUUUGGCAUUCCAACAACUUUGUCAAAAUAAUCCUACAUCAUGUCUUUCAUUUGAGAACACUUCCAACUGCUUUGCUAGUAAUCUAACUGCACAAGGAGAACUUCAUAAAAUUCUACAAACAAUGAGUUUUAUUGGCCUCACAGGACGAGUGCAGUUCGGCUUGAACAGUACCGAUCGUGUUGAUGAUACAGGGGCAUAUUAUGUGAUCAGCAAUAUACAAUCAUCAAUGGAUGGAUUUCACCUUGUAGAUGUUUUAAAAUUGAAUGGUACUUUAUUGAAUACUAAUCAUAACUGUACAACUGAAUGGAUAAAUAUAACAAAUUCUAUUCAAUGGCCGAGAAAAUGGGAUGAGGUCCCAACUGAUUAUGCACUUCUAAAAGGCAAAACACUCAAUAUUACUGUUUAUAUUACACCACCAUUUUUUAUGAAGAGAUCAUCUCGUGGCAUUCAUGAAAAGGAUUUAUAUGAAGGAUAUAUUCAUGAAUUACUUACAUUACUGAGCGAAAAAAUGGAAUUCAAUUUUACUUAUACAGUUGCACCAGAUGAGACUAGCUAUGAUGAAUUAGUAGAUUGUGUAAAAAACCGUACAUGUGAAAUUGUGAUGGCCGACUUGGCUAUCACGCCAGCUCGUGAAAAUAAAAUUGAUUUUAGUGCUUCAAUUUAUGCUAAUACAAUGCGUCUUGUUGUACGCAAAAGUAAACAGGAAACAAUACAACCAUUUGCAUUUUUGAAUCCAUUUUCACUUGCACUUUGGUUGACAAUUGUCGGUACCAUAUAUUUUCCGUCCGCACUACUUAUUGCAUUCUAUGAACACCGCAAAAUGAAUAAUAACUUUGAACAUGACGAAAAUAAUAGUCAUAUCUAUGAUAAAUCAUGGAUAAAGACAAUUGGCAGAUCUCUUUAUCAAACUAUUGGUGCUUUGAUACAAAGAGGUUCUGAAUUACAAGUCGUAACCUUAUAUGGUCGUAUUCAAACAGUUAUUGUUUGGCUUAUGAGUAUUAUACUAGUAGCGCUUUUCACUAGCAAUCUGAUUGUUAAUUUCACUGCUCAACGUGAAAAACCAUGGCUGCAAAGUAUCGAUGACUUGAAAAUGUGUCGCAGCAUAGAUUGUAGUCGUAUAGGUGUCAUUGAACGAUCACAACAUGAAUAA